AUUCAAAUGAAAUCUAUCUAUAACGGACUUCAGCGAGGUGCUGCGUCAUAAUACAUUAGUUUAUCUCGUUCAAGAUAAUCUCUGGGUAAUGAUACGAUGAGGUUAUAAUUCAGUCGCUAAUUAGUAUAGGUCGAUAGCUUUAUUCUGGUAAAAUUUACACUUUGCGACUGUAAAAUUAUUUCUACGAAGUUAAAUUUACAACUAUCGCAUUGCUUGUUUAGUGAACAUGUCAGUGUCUAUCGUUAAUAAUGUUGUAUAUGGACCCGAGGAGGAGUUUAUACCGGCACAUUUAUCAUUCGGACAAUACAUGUUUGAUCAACUCAAGAAAGGUGGAGACAAUAUUGCUUUGGUAUCUGCUGAAACAGAAGAAACCAUUACAUAUAAAAAAUUAUUAAAGCAAAGUGUUGACUUAGCUGUUGCUCUUAAAAAACUAGGUUUAAAGAAAAACGAUGUUGUCGGGAUCAGCUCAGAGAAUAGGUUUGAGUUCAUGGUCACAGUACUUGCUGUAGUUUAUUGUGGUGGACAACUUUGUCUUCUCAAUGUCACUUAUACACCAGAGGAGGUGACUCAUUUAUUGCAUAUGGCUAAACCAAAAUACAUAUUUGUUUCACCCAUUGCUGCCCAAAAUAUUUAUGAUGCAUGCCAAACUGCAAAGUUUGUAGAAAAACUUAUUAUGUAUGGAGAAUACAAUGUAGUACCAUCAAUAAUGUACAAAAGUUUAGUAAAAGAGCAUGUCAAUGCAGAUGAAUUUGUUUUAGAAAAUGUGAAUGGUAAAGAAGACACACUUGCUAUAAUGCUCUCUUCCGGCACAACAGGCUUGCCCAAAGGUGUUAUGCUCACACAUGUAAAUAUCCUCACAUCAAUAGCUCAUAUGAAGUACUAUUUUACUACAUCAAUGAACAUCUACAAACAUCAAAUUAAGAACUCAAUGACAUUAAUACCAUGGUUCCAUGCCUAUGGUUUUAUUACUACCUUCACAAUGAUGGCUGAGCAUCUCACAACAGUAUUUUUAAUUCGUUUUGAUCCACAACAAUAUUUGGAAACAAUUCAAAAGUAUAAGAUAAAUAUGACUACAAUCGUUCCACCUCUGGCAGUGUUUCUUGCUAAAGACCCUCUUGUUUUACAAUACGACCUUAGUUCGCUGAAUGAAGUUUGGUGUGGUGCCGCACCUUUGUCGAAAAACAUACAAAAAGCUAUUUCCGAAAGGAUUGGUUUGAAACGAAUAAAAAAUGGGUAUGGUCUGACGGAGGUGACGAUGGGGGUAUGCGUGGACAUCGCCAACCACGACAAGGAGGGCACGUGUGGCCAUCCAGGCCCUGGGGUGUGCUUGAAGGUGGUCGAUAUAGAGAGCCGCGAAAAACUAGGUCCCGGCAAAGAGGGAGAAUUAUGUGUUAAAUCAGUACUGCGUAUGAAGGGUUAUGUGGGCGACGAAGCGGCCGGCGACGCGCUAGUCGACGAUGAUGGGUUCGUACGAACCGGCGAUAUAGGAUACUAUGAUAGCGAUGGAUACGUGUAUGUCGUAGAUCGGCUCAAAGAACUCAUUAAGUAUAAGGGAUUUCAGGUGGCGCCUGCUGAGCUGGAGGCGUUGUUGUUGCGUCACGCAGGCGUGGCGGACUGCGGCGUGGUGGGCGCGCCGGACGCGGCGGCGGGGGAGCUGCCCACCGCCUUCGUGGUGCUGCAGCCCGGCGCGCAACUCACGCCCGAACAACUCGUGCAAUACGUCGCCGCCAAGGUGUCACCUACAAAGCAUCUUAGGGGUGGCGUACAUUUCAUAGACGAAAUACCGAAAAAUCCAUCGGGAAAGAUCCUGAGACGUGAACUAAAGAAAUUAGUACAAAAACCAAAAAGCAAACUUUAAACCAAAGUUUAGAUUAAUUUAUUAUUAUGUUGUUGAUUUUAUUUGUUUCCAUUUGACAUUUUUUUAUUGUUGACAUUUUUGGAAGGUUUUUAUUAUGUAUAAAAGUUUACAAUGAGUAAACAUAGCACUAAGUUUUGUUUCCUGAAUUCACUGUAACAUAUACAGUAUGACUGAAAGAGCUACAUGUCUAAAUUGUCUGUUGCUCAUAGUACCUGGCACUACCAUUGUAAUUAUUAUUUAAUAUCGAGUUUUGGUGGGGCUAAUUAAUUGCCUUUAAUUUAAUGAAGUGUUUGUGAACUGAGCUCCGAUUCUGCUGAUGUUAACGCAAUGAUGGAAUGAUGGAACAGUGGCGUUUUA